GAAAAGAGCAAAGCCAAUACAGCAAACAUUAUUACAGUAUCUUGAUGAGAGCAGAGGUUCUCGUUUAAAAUCCGGACUUUUAUUUUGAAAUAACGGACGUUUGUUGUGGCGUUCAUCGUCGGAACACCCAGAGCUCACCAAAAUCUCUAUCGGUUUAUGAGGUGCUUUGAUUUUAAUAAUUUGAUUUUAAAUGAGUGAUACAAGCGAGACUAAUGAUGAUAAAAGCAGAAAUCGCAGCGUGGUGUAUGUGUACAGUCCGGAGUACAUCCAGACAUGCGACUCGCUGUCUAAAGUACCAAACCGGGCGAGUAUGGUGCAUUCAUUGAUCGAGGCGUAUGGUUUAUUGAAAUACAUGAGGGUGGUGAAGCCACAUGUGGCUUCAAUAGAGGAGAUGGCCGUUUUUCACACAGACUCUUACCUGCAGCACUUGCACAAGAUCAGCCAGGAUGGGGACAAUGAUGAUCCUCAGUCUGUUGACUUUGGGCUGGGUUAUGACUGUCCGGUGGUGGAAGGUAUUUUUGAUUACGCCGCUGCCGUUGGAGGAGCCACUCUGACUGCUGCCCAGAAUCUGCUGGAUGGAAAGUGUGAUGUGGCCAUCAACUGGGCCGGAGGGUGGCAUCACGCCAAGAAGGACGAGGCAUCUGGGUUCUGUUAUGUGAAUGACGCUGUUCUUGGAAUCCUAAAACUGCGCCAGAAGUAUGAGAGAGUUCUCUAUGUGGAUGUGGACCUUCACCAUGGAGAUGGUGUGGAGGACGCUUUCAGCUUCACCUCUAAAGUCAUGACAGUGUCUCUGCACAAGUUCUCCCCUGGCUUCUUCCCAGGCACAGGAGAUGUGACUGACACUGGGCUGGGCAAAGGACGCUGGUACGCUGUUAACGUCCCCCUCGAGGAUGGCAUCCGUGAUGACCGGUACUGCCAGACCUUCAGUAGUGUGAUGCAGGAAGUCAAAGCUCUGUUUAACCCUGAAGCAGUUGUGAUGCAACUUGGAGCAGACACCAUGGCGGGUGACCCCAUGUGCUCCUUCAAUAUGACUCCCAUUGGAGUUGGAAAAUGUCUGAACUAUAUUCUGAACUGGGAGUUACCCACUCUGCUUCUAGGAGGAGGCGGCUAUAACCUUGCCAAUACUGCCCGCUGCUGGACCUAUCUGACGGGGACCGUCCUAGGACAGAGUCUGUCUUCUGAGAUCCCGGACCACGAGUACUUCACCGAAUACGGGCCGGAUUAUUCUCUGGAGAUCAGCCCGAGCUGCCGACCCGACCGCAACGAGAGCCAGCAUCUGGAGCGGGUCAUCAGCACCAUCAAAGGGAAUCUGAAGAAUGUAGUUUAGGAGUGGGCUCCCGGCUCAUGUUUCCAAAUCAGGCCCAGCUCCUCUAAUGAAGACAGUAUGUUGGAGCCAUCACCAGAGGGGAGCUUGGAAAACAUUGCUUGAAUGUUUCCAGGGGGAACUUUUUUUUUUUUAAUGCAGAGAUGGGCCACUAUUUUAGUAAAUGUUGGAUCUGGUGCAAACAUUUAAUGGGUGUUCUUUUUUACAGAAAUCCAAAGCCAUUUUUGGAUCAAAUGUACAGCAUAAAUGCAAUAUGUUGUGGGUGCAGUAUGUCACACAUAACAUGCUUUUGUCUCACUCUUUAUGUUUUUAACUAUUUGGGAUCAGUUGAAUAUGAGAUAUUGUCAAAUGGUUGAAAGAGCCUUGUCAAAGAUGCAUCCCAGAAAUAUGUCUAACCAUGGUUUAUAUGGCAAGUCACUCAGAUCUUUACGGUUUGGCUUCAUACUAUUAAUGAAACUAUCUUUUAUGACUUUUAACUGCAAUAUCUUGUCCCGUUAUGGACUGGAUAAGUGAAAUUGAAUGGGCAGACUGACCAAAUUCCAAGUCAUGUUGGCUUCUUGAACUUUUUUUUUUUUUUUUUAUGUUGCCUAUGGCAGGCUUUUUACCACAAUGUUUAUUUUCUUUUGCUUGAUGAGUGAGUCAAAAAAAUUGCAAAUGUUUUCAAGCUGUCAACUUUUAUUUUUUUAUUUUAUUUUUUUGUAUAAAUGCUUUUCUGUUAUAUAUUAAAAUACAAAAAAAAUAAAUGAUGGGGCUUUUUCUUCCAG